GGCAGCGCUUGAAGGAGCGUUCCGGAGCUGAAGCGGCCGCGGAGGGCCGCGCUCGGGCCGGCGCCAUGCACGGCGGGCCGCCGUCCGGAGACAGCGCCUGCCCGCUGCGCACCAUCAAACGGGUGCAGUUCGGGAUCCUCAGCCCCGAUGAGAUGAAACGGAUGUCGGUGACUGAGGGGGGCAUCAAGUACCCCGAGACCACAGAAGGGGGACGCCCCAAACUUGGGGGGCUCAUGGACCCCCGUCAGGGCGUCAUCGAGAGGACCGGGCGCUGCCAGACCUGUGCUGGUGAGUGGGGGCACCCCCAAAACUGGGGGGGGGGGGUGUUGGGGUGCUCCUGG